UGACAGUUCGGUUGCUCGCGGUCGUAGUGUACAAUCAGCUGCAGCAUGGGCCGAUUCUGGUCAACGAGUCUGCGCGACGAGAUCACGCCGCUGCUGCGGCUCGCGCUGCCGAUCUUCGUGUCGCUCAUGAGCUUCUUCGCACUCUCGAUGACGGAGCUCAUUGUCGCCGGGCACCUUGGCACCACCGAGUUCACGGCGGUCGCGUACGCGCAGCUCGUGCUCGACUUCACCUUGAUCAUCUUCACGCAAGGCUUCAACAAGGGCCUCGACGCGCUCGCGUCGCAGGCGUUUGGCGCCAAGAACUUUGCGCUCAUCGGGCGCUACACGCAAACGACCUGCCUCUGCUUGACGUUUGCCUGCGUCCCGAUCGCGUGCAUCUGGUGGGUCUGCGCCGACGCACUCUACAUCGUCCGUGGCGUCGACCCGAAAAGCAUUGAGCUCGCGCGCCUCUACACACGCAUCUCGAUCCUCUGGCUUUGGCCGCGGCUCAUGUUUCAGGCCGCGACCGUCUUUUUCCAAGCGCAGCAGAUCGUCUUGCCCUCUGCGGUUUGCUCGCUCACAGCAGUGCUCUUCAAUGCGCUGCUGAGCGUCUUCUUCGUGCACGGAGGCUUUGGCAUGGCCGGCCUCGGCUUUGUCGGAUGCCCGCUCGCGAUGGUCGUGACGCAGUCGCUGCGGCUUCUGGGCUUUCUGACGUACAUGACGCACCUCCGCGGGUACCACCGGCAUGCGUGGAGCUGGAGCUGGGACUUUCUCGACGCGCGCUACAUCAAGACGCUCGUGGCCAUCGGCGUCCCGCUCAUGCUCGGCCAAGCCUUUGAGAACGCACAGUUUCAGACCAUGGCGUUCUUUGCGUCCAUGUGCAGCGAGAUCUCGCUGGAUGCGCACAACGCGACCAUGCAGCUCGUCUUCUUCCUCACGUCGCCCAUCUACGGCCUCACGGACGCGGGCGUGAACCGCAUGGGCAUGUACCUCGGCGCGGGCAACCCGACCAAGGCCAAGGACGUGAGCCACUUAUUGUUUGCGUGUAUUUUCAGCAUGUCGGCCGUCAUCGCGCUGCCGUGGAUGCUCUCGCGACACGUGAUUGGCCACGUCUACUCGAACGACGCCGCCGUGCACGAAGCGAUGGCCACGAUCACGGUCGUGGCCGCCGGCGGGUACAUGGCGCUCUCCGUGUUCUACUACUCGAUGGCCACGCUGCGCGCACAAGCCAAGGCCGUGCCCGUCAUGCUGGCGUUCAUUUGCGGCGCGUGGCUCCUCGGCGUCCCGUCCGCGUACGUGCUUGGCGUGCACCUCGAGCUCGGGCUCCUCGGCGUCUGGAUCGGCAUGGCGCUCGGGUACUCUGCGACGACAGCAAUCGGGUUUUACCAUGCGCAGCGCUCCGACUGGGCGGCGGAAGCGGCCAAGGCCGUCGAGCGCAGUGCCAGGAAGCAGCACCCCGCGACCGAGACCACCAAGUUCGUGUAAUAACAGGUCAACAGCCUUCGUGGACGGCCCAA